UCAUCGUGUAGGGAAUGUUCGAAACGCGUCAUGAAAGGCAUCUUUUGUGUGAAGUGUAACUACUGGUUUCAUGAAAAAUGCGCGAAAGUGAAUUUAAAACUCAUAAAAGACGAGUUUCCAUGGUCGUGUCCACAUUGUUUGCGUAUGGAGACGGCCGAACUCGUAAGUACCGUGAACUCAAAAGAAGAAAUUAUUAAAUUGCUUCAAAGUGACAUUGAAGCGCUGAAGGCGGAAAUUUUAGCAUUGAAACAAGAAAAUUCUGAACUGGUUAUUGAAAGAAAAUCCUGCGUGUGUAGAAAUCAACCCAUUACUGAACAAAGUGGCAAACAUCCGCAUUUGUGUAAUACGGCAAAUAAUACAACAGAGAACUCUGUCAGUGAAACAAGUGAUAAGUAUAAAUGGAAAACAGUUUCCUAUAAUAAGAAGGGCAAACGUAAAAGUGCAACGAACAAAGAAGAUGACAAAAACGAUUUUCUGUUAAUAGGUGAUUCUAUAUUAAAAAAUGUUAUUGUGCCGGACUGCAAGGUCGAUGUUCGACCUGGAAUCCGAUCGCAUCAGCUCAACAAACACUUUAAGAAUGUAUUGUCCACGAAAAGAAACACGGGCGAAAUUGGUAACAAAACUUUAAGUACCGACGAUUACAGAGGUGUCUUAAUCCACGUGGGCACAAACUCCAUCCGCAGUAACAGUGAGGAAGAAAUCGUGAAUGAAACGCGGAAUCUGAUUAGAUCGGCGAAAACUGUAUACCCAACAGCCAGGCUGGUAAUUAGUGGAAUCAUUCAUCGAAGAUCGUAUUAUGAUGGCUGUUAAAGACAUGACUGCUGAGACAACCAUUCAGAAAGCCAGAGGCUAUUAAAAACAGACCAAGGGGCAAAUUUCAUGUCCAGUCUUAUGGUAAAGAAUUAUGGCCCCAUAGAGGCUGUGAAAUUGACCAAUGGUGAACUCUUUCCGGGAGAGGAGUGGAGAUGUUCAAGGUGUCCCCAGACCGUACCCAAUAUAUCAACGAGAAAGAGUUAUUAGCUAGCUACCAAGUCGCUAAAGCAAGGACGCUGCAUACAGAUUCCAAGAAUCUGAUUUUGCUAACAGCCUGGGAUAAGGUUGAAAUUAUGUUACGUAAGCAGCAAGCAAACAAGUUAGAAAGCAUACCACUUUCUGACAGUACCAUUGAAUGCAGAAUAAACAAUAUGGCCUGUGGCAUUCAAGAACAAUUAAUCAAAAACUUAAUGAUGAGCCCACAUUUUGUUCUGCAGUUUGAUGGAUCUACUGGUGUUGCAUGCUGCACAUGAUUUAUGGUAUUUGUGCACUUGAAAUCACAUGAAAGAAUCAUGGAGGACAUUUUAUUUUGCAAAGCACUUCCUACAAGUGCUACUGGCCAAUGUUUGUAUGACUUGUUUUUAGAAAGCAUUCAUAACUAGGAGACUGAUUGGACAAAAUGUAUCACCAUUUGUAGUGAUGGUGCUAAACUAUGACUGGCAAUAAAAGUGGAUUCAUUGUGAAAUUAAAAUCAAUAAUGCCAAAUGUCCUAUAGACACACUACUUUCCUGACAAGCUCUGGCAGCAAGGGUUUUACUUUCUGAUUUAAAUGAUGUGCUUAAA